UUAUCUGAUAUUUCCUUAAUUAAGUAGACCCCCUCCGAACAAACAUCCUCCGAAAUACUCCUCUUCUCAUUCUCUUUCCUUCUCUCCUUUAUAUGAUUUUUUCCCCCCUCUGUUCUCUUUCCAGAAAUUGAAGAAUUUCAUUAGAUGGCUUCAGAGAAUGUGUAUGUCGAGCACUGUAAAGGCGUUAAUGGCCUCGACAAAGUCAUCUUAAGGGAGAUACGUGGUUCCUCUGCUGAGGUCUAUUUGGAUGGAGGCCAAGUCACUUCUUGGAAGAAUGAAUUCAGGGAACAGUUGCUUUUCCUUAGUAGUAAGGCUACAUUUAAGCCCCCUAAUGCUAUUCGUGGAGGUAUACAGAUCUGUUUUCCUCAAUUCGGGACUAUUGGUUCUCUUGAGCAACAUGGAUUUGCAAGGAAUCGUCUUUGGAGUGUUGAUCGUGAUCCCCCACCAUUUCCAGCAAAUACUUCUCACAGGGCCUUCGUUGACUUAAUCCUCAGGCACUCUGAAGAAGAAGUGAAAAUCUGGCCUCACAGGUAUGAGUGUCGAUUAAGGGUAGCUUUGGGUCCUGGUGGUGAUUUGAUGUUGACAUCCCGCAUUCGGAAUACCAACACUGAUGGAAAGUCGUUUACAUUUACAUUUGCCUAUCACACCUAUUUUUCAGUCACUGAUAUCAGUGAAGUGCGAGUAGAAGGACUAGAGACACUGGAUUAUUUGGAUAACCUGAAGAAUAGAGAGCGGUUCACUGAACAAGGGGACGCAUUAACAUUCGAGUCAGAAGUUGACAAAGUAUAUCUCAGUACACCAACAAAAAUUGCCAUCCUGGACCAUGAAAGGAAGCGGACUUUUGUGUUGAGAAAGGAUGGACUUCCAGAUGCUGUCGUGUGGAACCCCUGGGAUAAGAAAGCAAAGGCGAUGGCUGAUUUCGGUGAUGAUGAAUAUAAACACAUGCUAUGUGUCACAGCUGCUUGUGUAGAGAAUCCCAUCAUUUUGAAACCUGGUGAAGAGUGGAAAGGAAGGCUGGAGAUUUCAGCUGUUCCUUCCAGUUACUGUAGCGGACAACUUGACCCUCGAAGAAUAUUCCGUAGUAACUGAAAGUCUGGCUUUUUCUUGGUCAUCUCUUUGUACAGCUUAAAAGACUGGCAAUCCGGUUGCCAAUUAGGCCUCACCUCCAACUGGCUUCACAGUAAGAGCAAGCAAAGCAUUUUAGUGCAAAGCAUUUCAGGUUCUUUCGGUGUUCUGAUUAACCGUCCAUGAUUUUGUUUUUUGUUUAAGGAAAUAUUCUUUCAUUACAUUUUGAAAUCCAUUUUCCUAUUAAUAUAUAGUAGAAUUUUCCCGAGACUUGUAUAAUCGUUUUAUUAGAGUUUUCCAGUUUUGUAAUAAAAUCCUUUGCUUCAAUUUCAGAGAUCAUAGAGUUUCGUUUCA